UUUGGAAUGGAGGGAGUAAAAUUUAUUGCACAUCACCGAGUUGUAAUUAAGUUUUUACUAUCUCAAUUUCACAAAAAUAGUUUACAUUAAACUUUGAGUUUUGUACUGUUUUUUAUAGUACAAAUUUCAAAAAUUAAUAUAGAUUUUCUAGGAGUAUCGUUUUAGAUUAUUGAAAUGGGAAGGGAGCAUAUAUAUUUUUUUAAUUUAAAAUUUUUGAUAAAUUGUCCCCAACUCGCCAUGAGUUACGUACAAAAAAUGAUUUCAAACAUUAAAAACAGUUGCAGAAAGCGCUGAAACGACAAACAAGGGCAGCUGUUAAAUUGGCUCAAAAAUGAAGAACUCAGGCCCAAAACAUCCCAUUCCGAUCCCUCCUCGUCCACUCUUCCACUUUUCACAUUCCAUUUCUCCUUCAUUCCUUCAUUGAUUUAUUUUUCCUUUUUCUUUUUAAUUUUUUUUUUCUUUGGUUGGCCGUUUUCUCGCUUUUGUAUUCCUGUUCUGCCCUUUCCACCGUCUUCCCUCUGUUAAAUACAGAGCGUCGGCAGUUUUUCUUGGCAUCAUUCUUACAUAUACAGUACUACUUUGGCUUGUUGUUCUUGGUAUUUUCAAACUAUAAAUUUUCAAACUUAGGAUUUCAAAAUUUGAGAACACCCCAGAUUGUGUUUGUUGCAUGGUUUGGGAAGAUGUACAAAAGUAAGGGAAAAGAAUCCGCCUCUGGGAAUUGGAUGAAAGUGAUGAGGCAAAAUGGAAUGCUUUACUACUUUGCAAUUGUUGUGAUGUUAUUGAUGGUGGAUUUGAGUGAAGGGUCCAGGAGAUUGGACAUUGAAACUCAGAAUCUUGAAGUUCAGAAGCAAUUGAACAAAUUUAACAAGCCACCAGUGAAGACCAUCAAGAGCCCAGAUGGUGAUAUCAUUGAUUGUGUUCAUAUGUCCCAUCAACCGGCAUUUGAUCAUCCUCUGCUCAAGAACCAUACCAUUCAGGUUAAUCAACUAGUCCUCGGUUUCUUUACAGAAGUUCUACAACUGCUAAAUGCUAAAAAAAGGUCUCUUCUUUUUCAAUGUUUUGAUUGGAGUUUUUAGAUGAGGCCGAGUUAUCAUCCAGAAGGGAUUUUUGGGAUGAGCAAAACAUCCAAUUUGAAAAAAAAGACAAGACCAAACACUCAACUCUGGCACUCCAAAGGAAGGUGCCCUGAGGGAACCAUUCCAAUUAGAAGGGUAAAGCAGGAAGAUCUACUGAGAGCAAGUUCUAUUGAGAGGUUUGGAAAGAAGAAACACAAGAGCUUUCCUAAGCCAAGGUCUGCUUCUCCUGACUUAAUCACCCAAACUGGUCACCAGCAUGCAAUUGCUUAUGUUGAGGGAGGAAGGUAUUUUGGUGCAAAGGCAACCAUAAAUGUUUGGAAACCUCAAAUUCAGCAACCAAAUGAGUUCAGCUUGUCUCAGAUUUGGCUAUUGGGAGGUUCUUUCAAUUCUGAUCUUAACAGCAUUGAAGCUGGUUGGCAGGUCAGCCCUGAUUUGUAUGGAGAUAACAACACAAGACUUUUCACCUAUUGGACUAGUGAUGCUUAUCAAGCCACGGGUUGCUACAACUUGCUCUGCUCAGGCUUUAUGCAAAUCAACAAUGACAUAGCUCUUGGGGCCAGCAUCUCCCCCAUCUCUGGCUAUAAAACUAACCAAUAUGACAUCAGUUUACUUGUUUGGAAGGAUCCAAAAGAAGGCAAUUGGUGGAUGCAAUUCGGAAACGAUUAUGUACUUGGGUACUGGCCGGCUUCUCUAUUUUCUUACCUAGUUGACAGUGCUUCAAUGGUGGAAUGGGGUGGUGAAGUCGUAAACCUAGAAUCAGAUGGAUUACACACAACUACUCAGAUGGGUAGUGGCCAUUUCCCGGACGAAGGGUUUUCAGGAGCAAGUUAUUUCAAGAACAUCCAAGUAGUAGAUGACUCAAACAACUUGAGAGCCCCUGAUGACCUAGGAGUUUUUACUGAGCAGUCAAACUGCUAUGAUGUACAGCUCGGUAAAGACGGGGGUUGGGGUAAUUUCUUUUACUAUGGAGGACCUGGUAGGAACCCGGAUUGCCCGUGAAUGAACAAACUUCAGCGUGGCCAUAUAUGUAAAAAAAAAAAAAGAGAGGAAACUUCUUGUUUCUGUUUGUCUUGUUUGAUCCUUGAUGUCUCUCAAGUGGGUCACUUGUAAGUUAGUUUAGAGGUUAGGCUGCUAUAUAGCAACAUGUGAAUCUUUGUCUCCUUUUCUAUUAUGAAAAGUUUUGACUCCUCAUUUAAGGUUCUCCACAAAAGAGUUUGGAGAUGGGAGGAAUCGGAAGAGUGUGAAAGCUUAUCGAUUUUUUAUCAUGAUUGUCCUACUCAUUUGUUUUGGAAAUUCAAAUCGUCUUUCAGAUUAGAUUUUUCGUCUCACUUAUAUUUAUUAAUGAUUAAAUUAUUAUUAAAUCAACAUUUCAGUUAUAAUACAUUCCCCAUGUAGUCCUAGUGAGAAAACUAGCAUAUGUUGAAUUUUUAUUUCUACAAAUGAGACGAUUUUAUGAGAUGAUAA